AUGGCAAAGCACAACACAAACAGCAACGUGUAUUUGGGAGAAUGGUAUCAGAAAGAGGCCGAUCUCAACCGGCAGCUGGUUGUAAGCUUCUUCCCGAGCGAUAAUUCGGUGGAGCUGGUCGAUUUGAAAACGCGUAAAACUUUCCUGCGUCGUACGAAAAUCGAAGAGCUAAAUGAGAAUGAUUUCUUCAUCGGGGCGAAACUGCUGAUCUUUGGCAAGCAGAUCAACAUUCUCGAUUAUGGAGAUGCCAAAACAAGAAGCAAAAAGUCGGAAGAACAACUUUCCUUCGGGUUGAUCAAAGCGGAAGCAUUGCUACACAUUGGUGAAAUACUGACAAAGAUACACAAGGCCGGUUUGGGUGUUCGUCGGUUGGCAAUGCUAAAGAUAGACGAAAACUAUUCCUCAAUGCUAAAGUCUGUCCGUUCGGAAGCUUCCAGUUUGAACUAUCUGAUGGACUGUAUGCCUAGCCAGGCGUUUGUCGCACUCGAGAUCAUAGGCAACAAUGCGUACAAUCAGUACCGGGAGUUGUGUGGACCGGAAUCACUUUCUGAAGCGAAACAGUGCGCCCCGAACAGUUUCCGUGGAUUGUACGGGGAAGACGUUUACUGUUCCCGAUCGGCAGAAGAAGCGGCCAAUGAAUCACGUUUCAUAUUUUUAAACAACGACAUCAAGCUCGUACUUCGUUCGUCGGCCCUUUACACGAACAGCACGUUGUGCAUCAUCAAACCGCACGCUGUCCGGGAAGGGAAAGUGGGAGAAAUAAUAACGGAAAUUUUACGCAAAAAAUUCACCAUCACCGCCAUUAAGAUGCUACGUUUCGAGCGGCCUAAUUGUGAAGAAUUUCUUGAAGUUUACAAAGGAGUCGUCCCUGAAUAUGAGUCAAUGGUAAUGCAAAUGAUCAGUGGCGACUGCAUGGGGUUAGAAAUUACAAACAAGUACGAUGAUAACCGUAGUACAUAUCAAACUUUUCGCGACUUUUGUGGUCCUAUCUGUCCGGAAGUCGCUAAACUUACCAGACCACAAACGUUGCGUGCCAUGUUCGGGAAGAACAAAGUAAUGAAUGCCGUACACUGUACAGACUUGGAGGAAGACACUGCCCUCGAGUUGGAAUAUAUUUUUAAAUUUCUAAAUUAA